GUUUGCGCACGCUGGGAGAGCUGCCCCCUCUAGCCCCAAAACCUCCGCUCCGCACCGCUUCCCUUCUUCUCUCUGUCUUGUCUUGUCUGUCUCUCUCUCUCUCUCUUCGGAGGGGAAACCUCUCUUAAGGCUCCGAUUCUUCCUUCAAGAAAAGCAGAAGGAAGAAGCCCACUUAUGAUAGUACAAACUUGGUGAUCCAAUCUGCUGCAACAGUGAAAGAAACAAUAUACUUGUUGUAACAGGAUCCUUCGGGUAGCAAAGUCAGAUUGUUGUGAGAAAGAACUCAUUCUAAAGAUUAGUGGUCUGGACAUUAUCUACUAAAAGGUGUCCUGCUGAACCAAGUGUAUUGCUGUUGCUGCUGCUGGCAGUUUGCUGAAGACGUUACCCAUAUCCGUGUGCAAACGCCCCACUGACUGCGAAGAUGGAACUGCAAAAAAUGGGAAGCGAGAAUGGCACUGAAAGAUUCAACGGUACCAUACCUGACAGUGACAAAGCAGCUGUCCUGGAGGAUGGGUAUGAGGAAGAGGAACGUAUUUCAGCAGAACAAGAUGGCUUCUUGCCUAAUGCUGCCAGCAAGAAAUUCAGCCAAUUCACUGAUUUUGAGGGAAAGACUUCGUUUGGGAUGUCAGUCUUUAAUCUGAGCAACGCCAUCAUGGGGAGUGGCAUCCUGGGCCUGGCCUAUGCCAUGAGGAAUACGGGAAUCACCCUCUUUGUGAUCCUUUUGAUCUGCAUUGCAUUGCUCUCCUCCUAUUCCAUUCAUCUGCUGCUGAAGUGUGCUGGAGUUGUUGGAAUUAGAGCAUAUGAACAGCUGGGAUUGAAGGCCUUUGGCCAUGGGGGCAAAGUGGUGGCUGGUGUCAUAAUCUCAAUACACAACAUAGGAGCUAUGUCCAGUUACUUGUUCAUUGUUAAAUCUGAACUGCCACUUGUGAUCCAAACCUUCUUAGGGCUGACAGCAAAUAAUGGCGAAUGGUACAUGAACGGGCAAAUUUUAAUAGUUGUCGUCAGCAUUAGUGUCAUCCUGCCCUUGGCUCUGAUGAAACAUUUAGGUUAUCUUGGUUACACCAGUGGACUCUCACUCACCUGUAUGUGUUUCUUUCUCAUCUCGGUAAUUUACAAGAAAUUCCAGAUCCCUUGUCCUUUCAAUGAUACUAUGGUGGUCAAUUGCACCAUGGAGUCCAGUCAUGAUACCUGUAGUGCUGAAGUCUUUCCUCUCAAUUCUCAGACUGCGUACGCAAUCCCCAUCUUGGCAUUUGCCUUUGUUUGCCAUCCAGAAGUGCUUCCUAUUUACACUGAGCUGCGCAGGGCUUCAAAGCGUCGAAUGCAGACUGUAGCCAAUGUCUCCAUCCUGGCCAUGUUUUCCAUGUAUCUGCUGACAGCUAUCUUUGGUUACCUCACCUUUUAUGGGAAUGUUGAAGCAGAGAUGUUGCAUACCUACAUCAAAGUUGACCCUCUAGACAAGCUUAUACUUUCUGUGCGAUUGGCUGUACUCCUAGCUGUGACCCUCACUGUGCCAGUGGUUCUGUUCCCGAUCCGCAGAGCCAUCCAGCACUUGCUAUUCCCCAAGAAAGAUUUCAGUUGGAUCCGUCACGUCAUCAUUGCCUUCUGCCUACUUUUCAUUGUCAACCUCCUUGUCAUUUUUGUGCCAAACAUCAAGGAUAUUUUUGGAGUAAUUGGCGCCACAUCAGCCCCCAGUCUCAUCUUCAUCCUUCCUAGCAUUUUCUACAUCCGAAUUAUCCCCAAUGAAAAAGAACCACUACGAUCAAGACCCAAAAUCCAGGCUGCGUGUUUUGCUGCCCUUGGUUUCAUUUUCAUGGUGAUGAGCCUCACUUUUAUCAUCGUCGACUGGGUAACCACAGGGAAGAGUUCUGGAGUGAGUCACUAGCGAAGCCCACUCCUCACCCCAAGAGACCAGGUGGUUCUAACCAGGGAGACCAUUCAGUGCCAGCGAAACAGUGGUGCCUUUUGCUGUUUAUCCUCACUCAUCCUGGAGACACCAUAAUUACCUGUCCAUCACUUUGGAGAAGUGUUGGAAGCCACCCCUUUGGUGCUAUGGCAAUGCAAAGUAAUUUGGAACAUCUCCGGGGCUUCACUACAGCCCUUCUAAGAUCUAGGCCUCUAAAUCAGAGCCUCUGAAUUUAAGCUCCCUUCAUUUUGCUGGCUCCUAUGGUAGCAGCAUUAUUUUCCUGGCCUUCAUUUUUUUUUUCUCCCUGGCAAUAUUGUGCCAUCACCAACAAUUGCAUGUCUCGGCAAAACCACAUGGGGGGUUUGGUUUGGGUUUUCUUUGCCCAGGAUUAUCGUGCUGCCUCUCAACAAGGCUUAUUUUGGCUUUUUUCCCCCCAUUCUCCUCUUCCUCCUUCACCUCCAUUGCCAUGGAAGGAAUUUCAGGCUGGUUUGUCCUCAUUUGUCACUGAACCAAAGGGUGUCUUGAUUGUGACUCCUUAUCCUUUGUUAUCCAACAUGGAAGAGGGUGGGGGCUGGUUGCUAUGGAGGCAUAGUGUCUGAUAUCACUCAGUCUCCUGCCUGAUAUCACUUAAGACCGCAGCAAUGAUACCAACUGACAGCGAAGGAAAUGCCAUGCCUGGAUGGGUGUGAUCAAAGCAACAGACAAUCUAAUUUAUUUGCUCUUAUUUAAUUUCGACCUGGCUACCAGACCAAAGAAUAUAAAUAACAUAGCCAUCCUAAUGCCUGUUUAACCCAUGCCACGAUUCCAGGUUUUUCUGACACAGAUGAGGUCUGGGAAUCGAGGGAGGAAGGAGAACUAGGGACCCCGGAAUCCUGGAAAUUUUCUCCCACCUAAAGAGGCAGAGCAGAAUGGAUCAUGUCGGUACAGCAGGAGACUCAACAACUCCCUGCUAGUGGGAGGGGAAAGCAAGUCCCUCAAAUUAUGGGAGAAUGUUGUUUGCUGUCUCUUGUCUCUGAAUGAUGCUAGGUUUUUUUCUGAGGCUAUCCAGAAAAGUUAAUUCUACAUACACUACAACACCAUCUGGUGAUUCCCAUUGGUGCAUCUCCCUGGGCCGCAGGGAUUAAAUUUCUAAGUGCUGCAUCUGAGUUUAGGAUUCCAUUUCUGAAGUAUCUGAGUGUGAAUCUGCUCUUAUGGCUGAAUCUGUUCUUAUUGCUUGGUUAACUUCAAAUGGUGCUGAUAAUGCAAAGCGAUAAGAGCCUGGAUUGAAAAUUGUUGAAAAGACACUAGGAAAAAAAAUACUAACAGAGAGUCUGUACAGGUAGUCCUCAACUUACAAUCACAAUUGAGGCCAAAAUUUAUGUUGCUUAGUGAGAAAUUUGCUAAGUGAGUUUUGCCCCAUUUUAUGACCUUUCUUGCCAUAUUUGUUGUUAAAUUAGUAACACAAAUGGUUAAGUGAAUCUGGUUUUCCCAUUGACUUUGCUUGUCAGAAGAUUUGUAAAAGGUGAUCACAUGACCCCAGCACACUGCAACAAUCAUAAAUGUGAUUGUCAUUUAUGUGAGUCAGUUGUCAAGUAUCCGAAUAUAAAUCAUGAGACCAUGGGGUAGCUGCAAUGGUCAUAAGUGUGAAAAAUAAGUCACUUUGUUCAGUGCUGUUGUAACUUUGAAUGUUCACUAAGUGAAGUGUUGUAAGUUGAGCACUACCUGUAUUUGCACAAUAUACUUAACCAGGCCAAUUACAAAUCUAAUGGCUGAAUUUGCAUAAAAUGCUACACAUGAUUAGUUUUUUGUGGUUUUACUAUGUUGCGUAAACCCACCUAGUUAGUUUAGGGCUCAGUGUGUAUGUGAAAAUGAGUUAAUUGAGAAAAUAAAUUAAUUAAGUGACCAGUUUAAGUAUGAUACAAGUCAGCAAGGCAUCCCUAGAUAUUUUUCUCCUUUGAAACUGACUCACCAGUUUUGUUUUUCCCCAACAUCUGUACAAUGAUGUCUUAAAUCUUUGUCCACCAGUAUUUUCCCUAUGUAAUUACUGCUUUUUUCAAUUCAGAGAUACUGAAGUGGAAGUUAGAGAACAAUGGUAGGUUAGUUUUGCUAAUCAUGGAUCACCUUUCGUCUGCCUGAACAGGUGUAGUUUUGUUAUGUGCAAUGAAACUAUUAAGGAAUUUAACAAGUAAGACUGCAUCUGUAUUUCCACACAUAUCUUUCCUGUCAUCUUCAUGGUCACUGACAUGAAUCUUUUGAAUUGCACUUUUCAGAAUUUUUAAAAAUAUUCUCUCUUCCCCAUCCUUCCCACCACAAUAGCACUUACAUGUAAAGAUAGUUUAACAAAACUAAAUACUGCUAUUCCAGCAGAACAUGCCACUUUAUUUUUGUAUUUUGAGACGCUUAUGUGUAAUUCACCUUUUUGAGUCAUUGAAUUAGUCACGUUAAAAGGUGUCAUAGUAAAAACAUGGAAAAGUGUUAAAAAAAGCUUUUAAGUUGAAAGUUGAUACUUUCCUGUGAAUCGUUAGUCCUAUAAUUCUGAAGAUUAAACACCCCCUGAAUUAUGGAUCUUUCAUUGCAAUUUUGCAUGUCCCUUGACAGUGAAUGGGUGGAAACUAAAUCUUUUGGUAGGAAGGUAGUAAGCCCAGCCUGACAAAGACAAUUUCUGUUCCAUUAUUCAUCUUUUUAAAAAAUCUCUAGUUAUUUGGUAUCUUUCUGCAUUUUAUUCCCCUUUUUAUUUAUCUUUUCCUUAUACAGAAAUGACAAAAAUUAUUCUUUAUUUUAGGUGUACAUUUCAUCAAGUGUUAAUACUUCUUGUAGCAAUGCCUGAUUGCUAAUUCUUGCUUACACUUAAAGGUUAUCUUUUUAAAUGCACUUAUAUGACAUCUCUGAUAAAAACUAUCUAAUGAAAGAAAGCCUGUUAGAUCUAAACUUGGUCCACUGUCAGAACUCUCAGGAAUGUUCCUCUUUCUAUAGAAAUUCUCUUGUAAUCUGAACCUUUGUCUUGGGUCAUAGCCUUUGAAACAGAAAACAAAUUUGAUCUGACAUCUGCACAAGACCCUUAAUCUUGACUCUUAUUAUACCACAAAUACCUCAGUGUGAUUUUGAAAAUGGAAGAGAAUGGAAGGGUUCCUUUGACCACCCUAUCUCUAGUUUAUGUAAUAAGUUCUGCAUUAUCUACAUUUAUUCUUCAGAUUUUUUUUUUUAGCUUUUAUUUGCUGCUGCUUGUUUAUCUAUCUCUACUUAAAGAACUGUUAAGGAUUCAAUAUUUUCUUUCCAUUGAGAAGAUGAGAUUCUGGAGGACCUAAUUGAAUGAUAAUGAGUUCCUUUAGAUAAUAGUUAUGCAUUUUCUUCCGAGCAUCAUAAAUCGCACAUCGUAGCUUUGCUCUGCUGAUUGCCAUAUGCUAAAUAAAUAAAUAAAUCUGAUGAUCUAAUUUGAAAAGGAAAUGCUCUUAGAAAUACAUCAAUGUGGUACACAUAUUGUCCAGAACAAUAUUCAUUAUUUGUGCUGCUACAUACUUAGACAGUACAUGGAGCAGCUCUCUGCCUUUAAAAGUUGACAGAUGGAAAACUUAGAUUAAAUUAGAAGUGGCUUGUAUCUUUACAAAAGGGUGCAUAUGCUCAGCAAAAAUGAGAGCACUGUUCCAAGGUAGUAAUACUACUAGGGCUGUGCCUCUUUAAAUGCUUUCCCUCCACCCACCCAUCCAUCUGUAAAGUAUACAUGAGUUAACUUCAAAUGGUUUAAAAUGUGCUGAGAUAGAGUCUGUAAAUAGAGAUCUAAUCAUUGGAAAUCCUGCUGGUACAUUAUAAUAAUUAUCCAAACAAUUUCAGCAAUAUUAUCUUAUUUUUUGGUCAUUCCAGAGGGAACACCCCUAGCUUUCUCCCCCCCCCCCCAUAAUCUAUUUCAUCAUUCAUUUUGUCUUUUCCUGUUAGAAUGAGAAAUUGUCAUAAGACUUUGUUUAGAUCAUACUUUCUAAUGUACUCAAAACUUACAAUCAUGGCCAGAAUAUUCUGUUUAUUUAAUUUGUAUAGUGUAUUACAAAGUAAGCCCCAUGUUUGGUACCUUUAUUUUCUGCUACAUAUCUGGUAAUAUACAUUGAACUUUGAAAUUCUAAACAGAUUCAUUACUUGGAGUGAUAUUCAAUUAAUCCUUCCCAAUUGUGGAACAAACUUCAUCCGUAGAACAAGCACAAUAUCAAAAUCUGUUUCUGAACACAGGGCAAAGGAGGUAGAAGAAUUCUGAAGUGGAGGGUGGCUUGUACAACAUAGGAAGCAGAAACACUCAAAUUGAAGUUUUGCAUAAAGGGGGGGGGGCGUCCUUUGCUGAACCUGGUUGUCCUAUUGCUGCUCAUCGUUUAUCAGAUUCUGAGGAGGAGCAACUUCACACAAUGUAAUUGACCUGUGCUUCUUCAGAACCAAUGCCACUGAGUGUCAUGCUGCUCCCGUUUAAUGGGUAAAUAAAUGCCUGAGCUUUUUGCUUUUCUUGGCUUACUAGCUUUGAAUUCACAAGCUCACUAUAAGGUGGUCAGAUGCAAAACAGGUCCUAAUAGCAUGUAAAAGAGAAAUUCAUUAGAAAAGAAUUGCUGCUGACACUCCAGUGCAGCUAUUUCAAACUUUCUUGCAGCCAGCUGCCUGCACUACAGCAUGCUUGUAAGCAUCUGAGGAGAAACUGAGGUCAUGUCCUCACUAAUGACUUGAAGCAUGCUUACAGCAUCACCAAACUACAGUGAUAGAAGGCCUAUUAGGGAACAAUAAUGGUUGGAUGAUUCUAGUAGGCAGUUGCUAGUGGGGGGAGAGGUGGCUUAGCAACUGCAGCCUUUUCCUCCUAGCCCAGCUGUAAUUCAAAGUAGUGAGAAUGCAAGGUAGAACAUCUAGUAGAGCAGAAUUCACAAUUGAGCCCCUGGCUUGGAAACCUGAUACCUUCUGGGAGACUUUGACUCUCCGCUGACCUGUGGAAAUCCACACCUUAAUUUCUUAUCCAAAUGAAAUAAGUACCUCACUGCAACACUUCUACCCCACUAGGAUCUGGAUGGCCUCAGCUUUUUUACUUCUUCGUUUUUUCAUUAAAUGGGGCUGGCUUUCUGCUUGGAAUAGUAAUGGGAUUCAGAUUUAAGGGAGGAGGGAACACAUUCAAAAUGUGAACUUGAUAUAAGGACACAGUAUUUGUAUAAUUUUGGUAUUCAAUAAAGAACUGUUGGCCUUGUA